AUGAGCAAGAGCGAAGACCCCAUCAAGGUAGCACGUGUAUCGGUGAAAAUUCCACCAUUCUUUUGGAGAAAGAACGUUAGAGUAUGGUUCACACAGGUGGAAUCACAACUUGCUGUCUCUAAUAUCACAACAGAGGUUACGAAAUACCAUCAUAUACUAGGAUCACUUGACUGUGAAAUAGCUGAAUUGGUCGCCAAUCUAAUAUCCCAACCGUUGACGAGCACACCCUACACGGGCCUAAAAACGAGAUUAAUCGACAAGUUUGAAGAAUCUGAAAGUAGGAAGGCAAAAAAAUUACUCCUAGAAAUUGAGCUAGGAGAGAAAAAGCCCUCAGCACUAUUAAGAGAAAUGCGGGCACUUGCCGGUACACAAGUAACGGACAAAUUCCUUAAAACGCUCUUUCUACAGAGGUUGCCUAACAACGUGCGUUCAGUUUUAGUGACCAAGCAAAACAGUCUCCAUACCUUGGCCGCUAUGGAGAUAAUCAUUCGUAAUUCAGACAUUUGUUCCACCAGUGGUGCAACCGCACACCAAACAGAUCGGCUCUCUUGUUUCGAGAAAGCUGUAUCAGAACUUGCCAUUUUGAUCCACGUGUUACGAGCACAUUCUCCAUCAUGCUCAGAGAGACGACGACGCUCUCCCAGUCCAAAUGUACUGGGUUAUAAUGUUUGUUGGUAUCACUUCAAAUUCAAAGCUAAUGCCAGGAAGUGCACCCCACCUUGUUCUCUUAAACGUGCCAUCAAGGAAGCCUCGGGAAACGACUAA